AUGUCACCGAACUCGAACGGCUACGACGUGAGGCUGUUCCUUCAUCGGGUGAAAAUGCUGCGGCUGAGGAUGCGGCGCCACAACUUGCUGAGCAAACGGCAAAUCGUGGAUGCCGCCGUGAAUACGCCAGUUGUGGUUGAUUCAAACGAAGAUGGAACAGUCGCCCAGGAACUGGAACUAGAGCAAAUGAGGAUUGUGGAAACGCGCAGUACGACUCUCGAAAAUCGACCGCGACUUCCCCGCUUAGCCCUAAGCAAGCGGAAUCGGGCUGUCGUGAGGGCUCUGAACCCAAUGCUGGUUACCUAUUUGGAAGCCAGCCGGGACCUUUGCGAUACGGACUCAAUUCUUUUUGGCGCCGCACCUGGCAGUCUGCCGUAUUAUAGGUGCAACUUUCCACGGCUGGACGCGCUACUGGACAAAGUAGUGCUAUCCCAGCCUGGAGAAUAA